GGGAACGUGACGUCACCGCCACCCGUCAUGGCGGCGCCCUGUGUGGUGCCCUGAGUGUGUCCGCUCCUCGCCCGCACGCCGCGCCGCUCCGCACCAUGAGGUGGGGCCGCAUAGAGCUCGGGGAUGUGACACCCCACAACAUCAAGCAGCUGAAGCUUCUCAACCAGGUGGUGUUCCCCGUCAGCUACAAUGACAAGUUCUACAAAGACGUGCUGGAGGCGGGGGAGCUGGCCAAGCUGGCCUACUACAAUGACAUGGUAGUGGGAGGCGUGUGCUGCCGCGUGGACAUGCAGGAGGGCCAGCGGCGCCUCUACAUCAUGACGCUGGGCUGCCUGGCGCCCUACAGACGCCUGGGCAUUGGCACCAAGAUGCUGGAGCAUGUACUCAACUUUGUGGAGAAGGAGGGCAACUUCAACUCCAUCUUCCUACACGUGCAGGUCAACAAUGACGGGGCGUUGGACUUUUACAAGAAGUUCGGCUUUGAGGUGGUGGAGACCAAGCAACACUACUACAAGAGGAUCGAACCCGCUGACGCCCACGUCCUCCAGAAAACACUCGUGCGCUCCUGAGUGUCUGUCCUGGCCGCCACUGCACCACCACCACCACCACCACCACCCAGGACUAUGGUGCCACUCCUCCAGGGUAAUGCAGUGCCCCCAGUGCCUCGCCAGACUCUCUGUGCCGUGUUGUGGAACAUGUCUUCGGGUGACAACUCUCUCUGCCUCGUCCUUAAAUUCGUCAGUUUCAUUUGGUGUCCUUAGGUCC